AUGUUCUAUACUAGCUGGGCUGAUUGGAGGGGUGCUGAACUCCAGGACAUCCCCAAUAUUGUGGCAUGGUUUGUGUGGAUGGCAAGGAACCAGGCAAAGCAUGAUAGCUCCCUUAUUGAUCCUAAGAGGGUGGGUCUAAAUUGUAUUGCUUUUAUUCAAAAACUGAUCAACUUUAAAAAGUAUAAGACUCUGUUGGAGAUUUUUUCUUUUCUCAAGCCUCAAACUUCCAAAGUUGUGACUAUCUGCUGGACUCUCCCAAAGCUUGGUUGGAUCAAAAUUAACAUAGAUGGCAGCCAUAAAUCCCAGUCUGCAGGCAUUGGUGGGGUUUUUAGGAACCAUGAGGGGAAAUGCAUCUUAUAUUUCCAAUCUCCAAUCAAGGCUGUUGACUCACUUGAGGCAGAAUGUCAAGCAGUUUUCUGGGCCCUCAACUUAGCCAGAUCUUGCUUGCUUGAUCAGUUAUGGGUUGAAUCUGACUCCUUGCAACUUAUUAACAUCCUCCAUGGGAUCUCAAAAACUCCAUGGAAUUUAAUCUGCUGGAUGUCUGGUAUUCAUCAACUGCUUACAGUUUGCUCUCUAAAGUUUUCUCAUAUUCACAGAGAAGGAAACAGACCAGCCAACUGGCUAGCUAGGAGGGGACUUUUUACAGAAGUUCCACUAGUUAGUAGAAGAAUUCCCCCCCCACUGGACUUCCUUUUAUCCAGUGAUCGUUUGCCUAUCCCUUAUCUUAGGAAGUAUGUGUAA